AUGUACAAAUCAAAGUUGCAGGAACUCUGCCAGAGAUCGGGCUGGGAGUUGCCCACAUACAAAACCGUCGGAGAUGGCCCCGGUCACAUGCCUUGCUUCAGAGCCGCCGUAGCGGGUAGGUCGAGGGAGUUUUCACGGAGUCAAGUUAUUAAGCCGAAGCUGAUGAUGGAUAUUAACUGGAGUGCGGAAGGCAUGCCUUGCAAUUCGCAAGUUUGUAAUCACCGUGUCUCCGCAAAACCCUCUUUCCAUUUAAGCACAGUCAAACCCCAAUUUCCCCUCAAACAAACGUCACCCCCACUGGAACAACAUAGAGAAAAAUGUACAAAUCAAAGUUGCAGGAACUCUGCCAGAGAUCGGGCUGGGAGUUGCCCACAUACAAAACCGUCGGAGAUGGCCCCGGGGUUGCCGAAGCUGAUGAUGGAUAUUAACUGGAGUGCAGAAGGCGUGCCUUGUAAUUCGCAAGUUUGUAAUCAUCAUGUCUCCGUAAAACCCUCUUUCCAUUUAAGCACAGUCAAACCCCAAUUUCCCCUCAAACAAACGUCACCCCCACUGGAACAACAUAGAGAAAAAUGUAUAAAUCAAAGUUGCAGGAACUCUGCUAGAGAUCGGGCUGGGAGUUGCCCACAUACAAAACCGUCGGAGAUGGCCCCGGGGUUGCCGAAGUUGAUGAUGGAUAUUAACUGGAGUGCAGAAGGCGUGCCUUGCAAUUCGCAAGUUUGUAAUCACCGUGUCUCCACAAAACCCUCUUUCCAUUUAAGCACAGUCAAACCCCAAUUUCCCCUCAAACAAACGUCACCCCCACUGGAACAACAUAGAGAAAAAUGUACAAAUCAAAGUUGCAGGAACUCUGCCAGAGAUCGGGCUGGGAGUUGCCCACAUACAAAACCGUCGGAGAUGGCCCCGUCAAACCCCAAUUUCCCCUCAAACAAACGUCACCCCCACUGGAACAACAUAGAGAAAAAUGUACAAAUCAAAGUUGCAGGAACUCUGCCAGAGAUCGGGCUGGGAGUUGCCCACAUACAAAACCGUCGGAGAUGGCCCCGGUUGGGUAAUGAGGGGUUGCCGAAGCUGAUGAUGGAUAUUAACUGGAGUGCAGAAGGCGUGCCUUGCAAUUCGCAAGUUCGUAAUCACCGUGUCUCCGCAAAACCCUCUUUCCAUUUAAGCACAGUCAAACCCCAAUUUCCCCUCAAACAAACGUCACCCCCACUGGAACAACAUAGAGAAAAAUGUACAAAUCAAAGUUGCAGGAACUCUGCCAGAGAUCGAGCUGGGAGUUGCCCACAUACAAAACCGUCGGAGAUGGCCCCGUCAAACCCCAAUUUCCCCUCAAACAAACGUCACCCCCACUGGAACAACAUAGAGAAAAAUGUACAAAUCAAAGUUGCAGGAACUCUGCCAGAGAUCGGGCUGGGACCGAAGCUGAUGAUGGAUAUUAACUGGAGUGCGGAAGGCGUGCCUUGCAAUUCGCAAGUUUGUAAUCACCGUGUCUCCGCAAAACCCUCUUUCCAUUUAAGCACAGUCAAACCCCAAUUUCCCCUCAAACAAACUUCACCCCCACUGGAACAACAUAGAGAAAAAUGUACAAAUCAAAGUUGCAGGAACUCUGCCAGAGAUCGGGCUGGGAGUUGCCCACAUAAAAAACCGUCGGAGAUGGCCCCGGGGUUGCCGAAGCUGAUGAUGGAUAUUAACUGGAGUGCAGAAGGCGUGCCUUGCAAUUCGCAAGUUUGUAAUCAUCGUGUCUCUGCAAAACCCUCUUUCCAUUUAAGCACAGUCAAACCCCAAUUUCCCCUCAAACAAACGUCACCCCCACUGGAACAACAUAGAGAAAAAUGUACAAAUCAAAGUUGCAGGAACUCUGCCAGAGAUCGGGCUGGGAGUUGCCCACAUACAAAACCGUCGGAGAUGGCCCCGUCAAACCCCAAUUUCCCCUCAAACAAACGUCACCCCCACUGGAACAACAUAGAGAAAAAUGUACAAAUCAAAGUUGCAGGAACUCUGCCAGAGAUCGGGCUGGGACCGAAGCUGAUGAUGGAUAUUAACUGGAGUGCAGAAGGCGUGCCUUGCAAUUCGCAAGUUUGUAAUCCCCGUCUCUCCGCAAAACCCUCUUUCCAUUUAAGCACAGUAAAACCCCAAUUUCCCCUCAAACAAACGUCACCCCCACUGGAACAACAUAGAGAAAAAUGUACAAAUCAAAGUUGCAGGAACUCUGCCAGAGAUCGGGCUGGGAGUUGCCCACAUACAAAACCGUCGGAGAUGGCCCCG